ACACUUUAGCUGACCCGACUUGGUUUCCCCGUUAACUUUUCUUCUCUUUUUCUUCUCUCAAACUCGCUCUCUCUGCAUUUGAAGUGAGAGAACCGAAAACAGCCAUGGAUUGGACCUCUCUGCAACUCAAACUCAUCUCCUGCAGAGAUCUCAAGGCCUUCAACUUCUUCCAGAAACUCUCUGCCUACUCCGUCGUUUCCAUGGUGAUCAUCAACGAACAACAAUCAAAGAAGAAAGAAGAACACCAAAAGAAGCAUCUCCAGCGUCAGAAGACAUCAAUCGACAGAGGAGGCAAAAACCCAGAGUGGAACCACUUGUUCCAGUUCGACCUCCGAAACUUGCCCCCGGACGAAAUCCAUCAUCUCUUUCUCAAGUUCGAUUUGCGCGCCGAUGGUUUGGUUGAUCGAACAAUCGGCGGAGUACGCGUUCCAUUGAAGGGUUUGAUCGACGAGUUUAGUGGGGUUGUGAGAUUUUUCACUUACCAGGUUCGCAACAGGGAUGGGAAGCCCAAUGGAGUGCUUAAUUUUUCGUACAAGUUAGAAGGGAAGAUCAAAACGAGUGGAAAUCAUGAGUAUUCUCCCCGAUUUAUCGAAUCAUCGUCGCCUGGAAAAAACCAUUGUUCCGAGAAAGUUGUGUACCCCAAGGGUGGAGGCCGACACUGACGAAGCCACAGCGUACUGAGGAUGCGCUAAU